UCGACGUGUCAUCAAAAUAAAACUUGUCUACAGACAUCCAUGAAUGCUUUUGUGAUUGAGACCCUUUAAAUAAAUUUGUGUGAAUUUUAUUGUAAAGAUGAUUGAAAUUACAGCAAAGCUAAUACGUGAUCAAAGUGCAGUUUUCUUGUGCGGAGAAACAGUGGAGUGCCUGAUAACAUUCACAAAUCCUACCCUUCCCGAACACAAAAUUAGCCAGAGUAAUAGUGAUAUAGUGGAAAAUUUGGCGUGGGCAACAGUACAAAUCCAUUGCUAUUGCAAUUCCACCGUUCAGGAUCGUGGUGGUGUUGGUUCGGAAACGGUGGUUUCUAUGCAUAAGAAUGUUAGCGGUUCGACAUCCCUGAACGCCAGCAAUCAACUGAAAGGAGAAGUACUAAAAUCCACUGAUCCUAGAAUCCUAUUUUGCGACCUACGUCUAUCCCCGGGGGAAUCCAGACAAUUUAUUUUUCGCGAAACAUUAUCUGUAAAUACCCCACCAACGUACCGAGGAGUGAUGGUAAAAUACUACUACAAGAUAACGGUGGCCACUCAACGCGUUGGUUCCACGGUCCAAGCAUUGCAUAUUCCAAUUCGUGUGCUUCCAUUACCGCCCAUCAAUUGUAGCGAUGAGGCAAUCACAUUGAAUGAUGAAUCCAACGAAGACCUUGCUCCGAAUAAUCCAUUCAUAGAAAGAAAAAAAGCUCCUUCAAAAAUUGAGUACGCUUUGCAUUAUCUCCAGAACAUUACUGCACGAAGGAGGCCGAACUUCUAUCUGAUUUCUAAUAAAAGAGGCAAAGUUGGUCGAUUUUGCUUAUUCAAACCGAUUUACAAACUGGGAGAGGACAUUGUUGGAACGCUGGAUUUUAGUUGCGGAACCGUUAAAUGUGCGCAACUUUCGGUUACUUUGCAAUGUGAGGAAAUCAUAAAAAAGAGAAAUCCGAAACCGAUGGAACAACCAAAUUUACCUGGGCAAGAUAAAAACAAUGUUGCAGUCCCUGUUGGACGCAUUACAAACUAUACAAAACAUCACGAGGUAUGUCUUGGCUUACUACAAACCCAGAUGAUCAUAUCCAUCCCAUUACACGUUACCCCGACCUUCGAAACUGACCUGGUGGAUGUACGGUGGCGUCUCCAUUUUCAAUUCGUGACCAGCACCAACGAUGAGCUGAAUAUGGAAACCAAUAAGGAUACGCUGGAGUGGCAAGCGCCUACAGAUAUUUCCAUAGAAACCAUGAUCUGGAAUCUCCCGGUGACAAUCUACCCCACAGCACCCGUUCAGAUCCCGCAAGCUAGUGGAACAUUUACGUUAAACAUAAAGUAGGAUCUGAUUCCAAAUAUUAAUAUUCAAACCCCAUUUGAUUUUCCAUGAUACUCCCCAUUUCUUCGCAUAUUGUGAUUAAAUCAUACAUCAUUAUUUUUGGUGAGAAUAUAAGAAUAGGUGCUGGUAACUGAAAAAUUAGGCAAAAUUUUUCAAAAUCAGUUUUACACAGCACAUGUUGCCAAAAUCGAACCGUACUGAAAAUGUUAAGCAAAACAGCCCAAAUAGGGCAGUGUCGAAACUGCACCACACUUGAAUCAGACUACAGUACGCAGUACAUAUAUGCAUUUUUGAACAUUAAAAAUAUAUUUAUCUUUUGUGUUCCCAAAAUCAAAUGGGGUAUUUGAAUCGGUUGAGCCUAUGCUAAUAGAAGAGGGACAAUUUCGAAGAAGUUAUGCAAACUGAAAAACGCUAAAUACAAUUAAUAUAGUUACUUUAAUCUGAA